UCUUUCUCCAUCCUUUCUCUUCUAACUUUCUCCUCUCAACCAAACAAAGUGUAACCAUACUGUUCCUUCUUCCAUUUCUUCCCCAAUUUCGUUUCUACAUCAUUCCAAUUUCCGAUUCCACAAAAAGCGUAAAAGCUAAAAUGCCCUCAGCUCAAGAUCCAUUCUACGUCGUCAAAGAAGAUAUUCAGGAUUCCAUUGAUAGGUUGCAAUCUAAUUUUCACCAAUGGGAAAAUACUUCUGAUACUGGGGAGCAUUUGAAUCUUUCAAAGGAAGUUCUUGCUACUUGUGGAAGUAUUGAGUGGCAGGUGGAUGAAUUGGACAAAGCAAUUUCUGUAGCAUCUAGAGAUCCUUCUUGGUAUGGCAUUGAUGAAAAGGAGAUUGAAAACCGGAGGAGGUGGACCAGCAAUGCUCGCACGCAGGUGCGCACAGUUAAGAAAACAGUGGAAGCUAGAAAGGGAUCAAAUACAACAACUCAUGCUAAUAUGAAUGGUAUGCACAGGGAGUUAAUGAGGCACCCUGAUUCUCAUCAAAGUACGUCCAAGUCCAACCAAUAUGCUGCUGGGGAUAAUGAUGAUUUCAUAGAAUCAGAGUCAGAUAGGCAAAUGCUUCUUAUAAAGAGGCAAGAUGAAGAGUUAGAUGAGCUUAGUUUAAGCGUACAAAGAAUCGGAGGUGUUGGACUUACGAUACAUGAAGAGCUCCUAGGGCAGGAAAAGAUUCUAGAUGAACUUGGCAAUGAGAUGGAUAGUACAUCCCAUCGUCUUGAUUUUGUCCAAAAAAGAGUAGCAAUGGUGAUGAAGAAGGCCAGUGUAAAGGGACAGAUGAUGAUGUUAUGUGCUUUGCUGGCUCUGUUCAUUUUCCUUUUUAUCUUGGUAUUCUUCACCUAGUCAUUUCUGAAGAAUGCAAAAGGAAUACAAGUUUGAGAAGAUAAAAGAUUAAUGGAACUAAUGGAAACACUUUUGGUUUCUUGAAGAAUGUAGAGAAUUUUGAUUGUGAUAAAAAGGGUAGUAAUAAGCUUGGAAGUAUCAUAAUAGGGGAGUUUCAUUUGAACAUGUUGGAUCAUAAAUAUGAUUUUAAUUGGUACUGAUAAA